CCGGGCAAGGCGCUGGCCCGCGCCAGCCUCGAGCUCCGCAAGGGCAGCUGCCUGCGCGCCAGCGGCGACGAGUACUGCAACGGCGCGGGGCUCUGGGCCAAGCUCAGCAAGGAGCAGCUGGAGGAGUACAAGACUGGCUGCGAGCUGGAGGAGGGCUGGGUCCUGGUGUGCAAGCACGCGGAAGGAGGGGACCGCCUGGUCCCGGUUGAGUCCUCCGACAGGAUCCAGAGGCAGCAGCAGCUCUUCGGGGUGGACUACAAGCCUGUGAUCAGGUGGGAGCAGGUGGUGGAUCUGACGUAUUCCCUGCGGCUCGGAGCGAGGCCCAGAAGCCUGGAGCAGGACGACGCUGCCGUGGAGAAGCUCCGGUUUGUGCCCCCGACGUGGAGCUAUGAGUGCGAUGAGGACUUGGUGCAUUUCUUGUACGACCACAUUGGGAAAGAGGACGAGAACCUGGGCAGUGUCAAGCAGUAUGUGGACAGCAUUGACGUCUCCUCGUACACGGAAGACUUCAAUGUGUCAUGUCUGACCGACAGCCACGCAGACACCUACUGGGAGAGCGACGGGUCCCAGGGCCAGCACUGGGUGCGACUCAACAUGAAGAAAGGCACCAUUGUCAAGAAGCUUCUGCUGACGGUGGAUACGACAGACGAGAACUUCAUGCCCAAGAGGAUCGCUGUGUACGGUGGCGAGGGGGACAACCUGAAGAAGCUGAGCGACGUGGGCAUUGAUGAGAGCUACAUCGGGGACGUGUGCGUGCUGGAGGACAUGACGACUCACCUGCCUGUCAUUGAGAUCCGGAUCGUGGAGUGCAGAGAUGAUGGCAUUGAUGUUCGCCUCCGGGGCAUCAAGAUCAAGUCCUCCCGGCAGCGGGAUCUGGGGCUCAGCGCCGACAUGUUCCAGCUGGCCAACCUGGUGCGGUACCCCCGCCUGGAAGGGACUGACCCCGACGUGCUGUACCGGCGAGCUGUGGUCAUUCAGAGGUUCAUCAAGCUCCUGGACAGUGUCCUGCAUCACCUGGUCCCAGCCUGGGACCACACCGUCGGCACCUUCAGCAAGCUCAAGCACAUCAAGCAGUUCCUGUUGCUGUCCAAGCGGCGCACGGCUCUCAUCACCCAGUGCCUGAAGGACUCAGAGACCAGCAAACCUAACUUCAUGCCGCGGCUCUACAUCAACCGGCGCCUGGCCAUGGAGCACCGGGACAACCCCGCCCUGGACCCCAGCUGCAAGAACGCCGUCUUCACACAGGUGUACGAGGGCCUCAAACCUUCUGACAAAUUCGAGAAGGCGCUGGAUUACAGGUGGCCGCUGCGCUACGACCAGUGGUGGGAGUGCAAAUUCAUUGCCGAGGGCAUCAUCGAUCAAGGCGGCGGGUUUCGGGACAGCCUGGCAGACAUGUCGGAGGAGCUGUGCCCCAGCUCGGCAGACAGCCCCGUGCCGCUGCCCUUCUUCGUCCGCACGUCCAACCAGGGUAACGGCACCGGGGAAGCCAGGGACAUGUACGUCCCAAACCCCUCCUGCAAGGACUUCGCCAAGUACGAGUGGAUCGGCCAGAUCAUGGGAGCUGCUCUGAGGGGCAAGGAGUUUUUGGUCCUGGCUUUGCCGGGCUUCGUAUGGAAACAGCUAACGGGGGAGGAGAUCAGCUGGGGCAAGGACUUCCCUGCCCUGGAUUCGGUGCUGGUGAAGCUCCUGGAAGUGAUGGAGAUGAUGGACAAAGACACCUUCGAGUUCAAGUUUGGGAACGAGCUGACCUACACCACAGUCCUCAGCGACCAGCGCGUGGUGGAGCUGAUCCCCAACGGCAGCAACACGGUGGUGAAGUAUGAGGACCGCAAGGAAUUCAUCCGUCUGGUGCGGAAAGCCCGGCUGGAGGAGAGCAAGGAGCAGAUUGCAGCCAUGCAGGCCGGGUUGCUGAAGGUGGUGCCCCAGGCUGUUCUUGACCUCCUGACCUGGCAGGAGCUGGAGAAAAAGGUCUGCGGGGACCCUGAGGUCACGGUGGAUGCCCUGAGGAAGCUCACCCGGUUUGAGGAUUUUGAGCCGUCGGACACCAGGAUCCAGUACUUCUGGGAAGCACUCAACAACUUCACCAAUGAGGAUCGCAGCCGCUUCCUCAGGUUUGUUACUGGCAGGAGCCGCCUCCCAGCUCGGAUUUACAUCUACCCGGACAAGCUGGGCUCUGAGUCAACUGAUGCGCUGCCGGAGUCCUCCACCUGCUCCAGUACCCUCUUCCUGCCAAAUUACGCUACUGCCAAGAUCUGCGAGGAGAAGCUGCGUUACGCAGCCUACAACUGCGUGGCCAUUGACACCGACAUGAGCCCAUGGGAAGAGUGAUGUUGUUACUGUCGUUCUUGGCUGUGAGGGUUUUCCCACUCAACGGCUUGGUGCAAAGAGCACUCCCGCCCCCCUUGAAUGUGUACAUACAUAGACAUAUAAAUAUAAUAAACGUGUAGUGUGCAGGCCUGGUUCUAAUGCGAACCAGACAAAA